UAUUUACAUGAUUUACAUAUCUGAGGAAGUGAAACCUGACAUUAAGCAGCAGAACUGAAGCUGGCAGUGGUCACUGUUAAGAUAUGAAAACAAAAACAGAAAUUCAGGCCCAGCUGGAAGAACAAAAAUUGGCACCUCCAAGCCUCAGAGCUGCUGAGGAGACAUUGGUGUUCAGGAAAUGGCUGGAGUUUUGGGAGAGCAAGCGUACGUAUUCUCGAGCCCUAUUCCUACUCCACACUUCUCUGCAGUCAGAACAGGGUCCAUCACUAGAAAGUGAUGUUUCAGGGAUGCGUUCCAAUAUCUUUCUGGCUUUUAGUCACCCUGCUGAGUAAGAAGUUUUCUCUGUUUUUCAGUUGCAGCAGUAGCACUUAUUAAAACUUACACCCCCAGAAGACAAAGAAACAGGUCUGCUAAGCGGUAGGACUUGACUGUGCGUGAAUCUGGGUAGAGAAGAGAGAAAAGAAGGAGCUAGAAAAAUACAAAAAGGAGAGAAUGGACUUGCUUGAGGAGAACGAGAAGGACAAAAAUGUUAUUGCUGUUAUGAUCUUUUCAUUACCCUCCCUUUUCUCAACAGUAGAUUAUUCCUUCACUCCAUUCAUAUCCAAAUGGUUUCUUCAUUUGCCCAUGUUGCUGAGGGCCACGUGAGAGCAAUCUGCAUGGAAUUCCUUUCUCAUGGAAUCUGUGCAAGGCAUCUUUCCCCUUCCAGCAAGACCUGGGGUUCUCCUGGCAUGUACUUCCAGUGCAAUGAGAUUCCAGGAAUCCUGUGCAGCUUUCCCUCUUCCACCCUCUAUAAAAAUUUAUAAUCCUAGACCUUAGAAGACGCAAAGGUGUUUGUGUUGUCCUCUCUUAAUAAUAGUUUUCAUGUAUGACUUUGCAUUUUAAUGAAAACUGCUAGUACUGAGAAAUUCAGAACAAAGUCAGCAAGACAGGUAAUAGUUUGUGAACUGUAUAUGUUUUUUAAUAGCAAACACAAAAGAAUCUACUUCUAAUAAUUGAAAAAAUCUUAACAAUAAGGGCAGCAAGAAAUCCAGUGUCAUGCAUGCUAUCUUUUUUUCGAUAAAUUUCUAUUAAUUUUCAAGCUUUUCUUCACAGGAAGGAGGGAAGGGUGGCAUGAGCCAUCUGAUACUCCCCCACCUCAAGAAGCAGCCAUUAGAUACACUCCAGACCAGUCAGGAUGUCAGCUGAGUUAAUUUGUGCCCAUGCUGCAGCUCACUCAUGAGCCACGACCUUUCCAGCUACAAGCCAAUGUUAAAAUGCGGUCCCUGCACAUACAGUCAGUCACACACACAUCCAUUCUCCACUCGGAGGAAUCUCCCAAGUGACACACAGACUCACUGUCAAUGAGGUCCUGGCUAACAAGCCUUUGGAAAACACAGGAGACAGCUGUCAGGACCCGAGGCACAAGCACUGCUUCCUGGGGUUCAGCUUGCUCUGAAGAGGGAGCUGUUUGAGAGGCUUCAGCCAGCCUUGGACCUCUUCCACAAAGAGCCAGAUGCAGCCUCAGCAGGGGCUUGCAGUGCUUCACUCGGCACCUGCCUUUCAGCUCAGGCCCUCACCCUUGCCUGAGCUAUCUUGUAGCCAUGCCCGUGUGUGGUCAUAUACCUCGCUAAUUUGCACCCACAGACUUGAAUUCCCAGUCUGAUCUUGUUCAUGCAGCCACUGCCUCUGCCUCUGCCUGCCUUGUUUCACGCUCAGCACCCACCUCCCCUUCACUUUCAGCGCAGCCCCUUGCUCCUCCCUAACAACUGCUCUUGGGAUUGCACACAGCUGCAAUGUGUGCCUGGAGUUCACUGUCUUCAAGGAGGAGGGGACAAGCAGGCAUAAUUUCCAGGAACAGAGAUUAUUUGCAGGACCUUCUCAGAGUGGUGCAAAUCCUUCAGCCAGUUAGGGAACAGUAGGGUGUUAAAGGCUCAAUACACUCUCUUACGAGCACUGUUUCCUGGAACGGUGUAAAGUCCAGCAACCCUGAACACUGCCUGCCCAUAACUCUGUGCCAUUGUGCUGCAAGUGAAACCCAGCUCCUCUCUGGAGAAGCAGGAUGGGAAGUGUCUUCUCCCAAGCCUGAACUUGGAGAAAGGGGCUGAGGAAAGCAGAAGACCUGAGGACAUGUCUGGGCAACGUGGCCAGCAGGACCCUCCGCAGGGCUUCCGAGGACAACGCAAUAGCUUUGCACGUGCAAAAGAUGAGGAGGAUCUACCACCUGUCAAAUCACUAAUAGAUCACUUUGAGCAUCUGAGCCAGCAGGACCCUCCGCAGGGCUUCCGAGGACAACGCAAUAGCUUUGCACGUGCAAAAAGUGAGGAGAUUCUACCACCUGUCAAACAACUCAGAGAACACUCUGAGCAUCUGAGCCACCAGGACUCUCCGCAGGACUUCCAAGAACAACGCUAUGAGUUUGAAAAUCGAAGAAAGGCAGUGGAGAGAAGCACCACAAGGGCCCUGGAAGCCAUGCAGGAGGAAACAGAGAGGAUUCUGAGUGAGAAGCUGGCCACCUUACAGAGCCAUGUGGAAGGGGCUCAACGUACAGCACCGUCUCCAGAGGAACUGAUCAGCCCCUUGACUUCCACCCUCCACAACCUCUCCCAACAAGUUCAAGCUCUGCAGAGAUCUCUGGACAGCAUGCAGGUUUCCAUGCAGCAUGACCACCAGCACUCCAGAGCAGAUCUGCAGGGCAUAAUGUCCAAAGUAGUGAAAGCAGCGCAGGGCUCCUGGUCCGAGAGCCACGUGGCAGAGCUGGAGAGCAAACUAGGAAAGGCAGUGGAGAGAAGCACCACAAGGGCCCUGGAAGCCAUGCAGGAGGAAACAGAGAGGAUUCUGAGUGAGAAGCUGGCCACCUUACAGAGCCAUGUGGAAGGGGCUCAACGUACAGCACCGUCUCCAGAGGAACUGAUCAGCCCCUUGACUUCCACCCUCCACAACCUCUCCCAACAAGUUCAAGCUCUGCAGAGAUCUCUGGACAGCAUGCAGGUUUCCAUGCAGCAUGACCACCAGCACUCCAGAGCAGAUCUGCAGGGCAUAAUGUCCAAAGUAGUGAAAGCAGCGCAGGGCUCCUGGUCCGAGAGCCACGUGGCAGAGCUGGAGAGCAAACUAGGAACAGCAGUGGAGAGAAGCACCACAAGGGCCCUGGAAGCCAUGCAGGAGGAGGCAGAGAGGAUUCUGAGUGAGAAGCUGGCCACCUUACAGAGCCAUGAGGAAGGGGCUCAACGUGCAGCACCAUCUCCGGAGCAACUGAUCAGCCCCUUGACUUCCACCCUCCACAACCUCUCCCAACAAGUUCAAGAUCUGCAGAGAUCUCUGGACAGCAUGCAGGUUUCCAUGCAGCGUGACCACCAGCACUCCAGAGCAGAUCUGCAGGGCAUAAUGUCCAAAGCGGAGAAAGCAGCGCAGGGCUCCUGGUCCGAGAGCCACGUGGCAGAGCUGGAGAGCAAACUAGGAAAGGCAGUGGAGAGAAGCACCACAAGGGCCCUGGAAGCCAUGCAGGAGGAAACAGAGAGGAUUCUGAGUGAGAAGCUGGCCACCUUACAGAGCCAUGUGGAAGGGGCUCAACGUACAGCACCGUCUCCAGAGGAACUGAUCAGCCCCUUGACUUCCACCCUCCACAACCUCUCCCAACAAGUUCAAGCUCUGCAGAGAUCUCUGGACAGCAUGCAGGUUUCCAUGCAGCAUGACCACCAGCACUCCAGAGCAGAUCUGCAGGGCAUAAUGUCCAAAGUAGUGAAAGCAGCGCAGGGCUCCUGGUCCGAGAGCCACGUGGCAGAGCUGGAGAGCAAACUAGGAAAGGCAGUGGAGAGAAGCACCACAAGGGCCCUGGAAGCCAUGCAGGAGGAGGCAGAGAGGAUUCUGAGUGAGAAGCUGGCCACCUUACAGAGCCAUGAGGAAGGGGCUCAACGUGCAUCACCAUCUCCGGAGCAACUGAUCAGCCCCUUGACUUCCACCCUCCACAACCUCUCCCAACAAGUUCAAGAUCUGCAGAGAUCUCUGGACAGCAUGCAGGUUUCCAUGCAGCGUGACCACCAGCACUCCAGAGCAGAUCUGCAGGGCAUAAUGUCCAAAGCGGAGAAAGCAGCGCAGGGCUCCUGGUCCGAGAGCCACGUGGCAGAGCUGGAGAGCAAACUAGGAACAGCAGUGGAGAGAAGCACCACAAGGGCCCUGGAAGCCAUGCAGGAGGAGGCAGAGAGGAUUCUGAGUGAGAAGCUGGCCACCUUACAGAGCCACGUGGAAGGGGCCCACCAUGCAGCACCCCCUCCACAGGAAAUGACCAGCCCCCUGACUUCCACCCUCCACAACCUCUCCCAACAAGUUCAAGCUCUGCAGAGAUCUCUGGACAGCAUGCAGGUGUCCAUGCAGCGUGACCACCAGCACUCCAGAGCAGACCUGCAGGGCAUAAUGUCCAAAGCGGAGAAAGCAGCGCAGGGCUCCUGGUCCGAGAGCCACGUGGCAGAGCUGGAGAGCAAACUAGGAACAGCAGUGGAGAGAAGCACCACAAGGGCCCUGGAAGCCAUGCAGGAGGAGGCAGAGAGGAUUCUGAGUGAGAAGCUGGCCACCUUACAGAGCCACGUGGAAGGGGCCCACCAUGCAGCACCCCCUCCACAGGAAAUGACCAGCCCCCUGACUUCCACCCUCCACAACCUCUCCCAACAAGUUCAAGAUCUGCAGAGAUCUCUGGACAGCAUGCAGGUUUCCAUGCAGCGUGACCACCAGCACUCCAGAGCAGACCUGCAGGGCAUAAUGUCCAAAGCGGAGAAAGCAGCGCAGGGCUCCUGGUCCGAGAGCCACGUGGCAGAGCUGGAGAGCAAACUAGGAACAGCAGUGGAGAGAAGCACCACAAGGGCCCUGGAAGCCAUGCAGGAGGAAACAGAGAGGAUUCUGAGUGAGAAGCUGGCCAUCUUACAGAGCCAUGUGGAAGGGGCUCAACGUACAGCACCGUCUCCAGAGGAACUGAUCAGCCCCUUGACUUCCACCCUCCACAGCCUCUCCCAACAAGUUCAAGAUCUGCAGAGAUCUCUGGACAGCAUGCAGGUUUCCAUGCAGCAUGACCACCAGCACUCCAGAGCAGAUCUGCAGGGCAUAAUGUCCAAAGCGGAGAAAGCAGCGCAGGGCUCCUGGUCCGAGAGCCACGUGGCAGAGCUGGAGAGCAAACUAGGAACAGCAGUGGAGAGAAGCACCACAAGGGCCCUGGAAGCCAUGCAGGAGGAGGCAGAGAGGAUUCUGAGUGAGAAGCUGGCCACCUUACAGAGCCACGUGGAAGGGGCCCACCAUGCAGCACCCCCUCCACAGGAAAUGACCAGCCCCUUGACUUCCACCCUCCACAACCUCUCCCAACAAGUUCGAGCUCUGCGGAGAUCUCUGGACAGCAUGCAGGUUUCCAUGCAGCGUGACCACCAGCACUCCAGAGCAGACCUGCAGGGCAUAAUGUCCAAAGCGGAGAAAGCAGCGCAGGGCUCCUGGUCCGAGAGCCACGUGGCAGAGCUGGAGAGCAAACUAGGAACAGCAGUGGAGAGAAGCACCACAAGGGCCCUGGAAGCCAUGCAGGAGGAGGCAGAGAGGAUUCUGAGUGAGAAGCUGGCCACCUUACAGAGCCACGUGGAAGGGGCCCACCAUGCAGCACCCCCUCCACAGGAAAUGACCAGCCCCCUGACUUCCACCCUCCACAACCUCUCCCAACAAGUUCAAGAUCUGCAGAGAUCUCUGGACAGCAUGCAGGUUUCCAUGCAGCGUGACCACCAGCACUCCAGAGCAGACCUGCAGGGCAUAAUGUCCAAAGCGGAGAAAGCAGCGCAGGGCUCCUGGUCCGAGAGCCACGUGGCAGAGCUGGAGAGCAAACUAGAGCUGGUCACAAGGCAGCGUUACACAGUUGAUGUCACCCUGGAUGCUGACACAGCUCAUCCAAGGCUGGAGGUGUCUGAAGAUGGGAAGAGAGUGACAGAUACUGGCACUAUCAGAAAUGUGCCCAGGACAGAGAAGAGAUUUGAUUCCCACACUUUCCUUUUGGCCAAGGAAGGAUACACAUCUGGGAAACGCUAUUGGGAAGUGGAUGUUGGAAAGAGAAGAAACUGGGAUGUGGGCAUUGCCCGGGAGCCUGUGGCUCGCAAAGGGACACUGACUCUCUCUCCUAAGAAUGGCUUCUGGGUCAUAGGGUUAGCAGAUGGGCGAGAGUAUUGGGCCCGCACAGAGCCUUGGACACGUUUGGCUGUGAGUAGGAAACCACAAAAGAUUGGGAUCUUCCUGGACACCACAGCCAAGCAGCUGUCCUUCUAUGAUGUCCGCAAGAAGACAGCUGUGUACACUUUCAGCCUUGGUGGAGACAGCAGCCAGGAAGGGAAGUUCUUUCCCUUCUUCUCAACAGGGUCCAUUUCUGCAAAGCCUGACACAGAGGCACUGAAAAUAGUCCAGGGCUUUGAUGAUGAUGAAUAGAGCACUCUUCAUCAUGGAGCUCUAGCAUGUAAAGCCACUGAUCACACUGCACCGUUUUCAGACUUCUGCCUAUCUGGGAAAGUGAAUUGUAAAAAUAAUUAAAUUUUUAACCUGA